CGCUUUUGCGACGAGAAUACGACCUCUUCCACCGCCGUAUCGCAACACUGCGUCUUCACGCAAAUCACACUCACUUCCACGCAGAACCUCACUGCAGUCACUCCUUUAGCAGAGACCCGAGAUCCGCUGGUCGGAUCGAAUCCUCCACACGCCACCACCGCCACACGCGUCUGACACCCGAACAUCAACCAUGUCUCGCCGUCUUGGGGGCCUGGUCAGCACCGCGCUGCUUGUCGCAACUUCCCUGGCGCAGACCUUCACGGACUGCAAUCCCAACAACUCAUCAUGUGGUCCCGAUCCAGCAUUGGGCACGACGUUCUCCGAGGAAUACAACAAGACGUACAAUGAGUUCGAUCCGCGCUUCUGGAACGUCACGGCGGGCAAGCAGCUCAUCUCGUUUGGCGAAGAGGGAGCGGAGCUUGCAUUGAACAAAGAAGGAGAAUCAAUUACUGUCAAGUCGAAUUUCUACAUCUUCUGGGGACAAGUCGAGAUCUUGUUCAAGGCGGCGCAGGGCAAUGGCAUUAUUAGCACAGUCAUUACUCUUAGUGACAACCUGGACGAAAUCGAUUGGGAGAUAAAAGGCGGCAACCACACAAGCGCAUCGAACAACUACUAUGGAUGGGGAAAUCUCACGCAGUUCAACUCAGAGUACCCUGCGAUGAAUCCAGGACCUCAAGAUGACUUCCACAACUACACGAUUGACUGGACGAAGGAAAGGAUUCAGCUAUUCGUCAAUGGCGACAUGGUGAGGAACAUUCCCGCUGGUGUGGCAGGCGAAUACCCACAAACACCCAGUCGUGUCCAAUUUGGUGUAUGGUGUGGCGGGUGCUCCGACCAGCCUGGCACAGUUGAAUGGGCUGGCGGAAAGCCCACCUGGGACGAAGGCCCGUACGUGAUGAAGGUCAAAUCACUUCGCAUCACAGAUGGAACUACCAAUGCCACCGAAUACAGCUACGGCGAUCACAGCGGCAAAUGGGAAAGCAUCAAAAUCGUCGAUGGCCAAUCCGAAGCCUACAAAGAAAUGAACAAGCUCAGCACCUACGAGAAAGCUCAGAAACAUUGGGAAGGUCUCUCAACAGGGGCCAAAAUCGGCAUUGCUUGCGGUGUGCUCGGCGUCUUCCUCAUCUGCACAAUCGCUUUCGCAUUCUACUGCAUGAAGCAACGGAAAGAAGGUCGCGCAGAAGCUCUUUUGCAAGAGAAAGAAUGGGAUGCGCAUAAUGCCGAAUUGAUGGAAUAUCGCACCAUGAUGGCGAAAGGCAAUUUUGCUGUCUCGAGACAGAGCGUCAUGAUGGAAGCACUACAGGAGCCUAAGCAGAGUCGGUUGGCGAGGUUGAGUGGGAGGUUCUAGGAGUGAGAGGGCUCGCUCCUCUGGCCGGCGCCUUUUCAUUUUUCCUUCAUUUAUACCAAUCGACAGCGAUGAGAACAGAGAGAUGCGCGGAGUCGGCAGAAGUCUUGCAUGCGUGCUUGCAUGCUUGCGAAGAAUUGUACAGUGCAGAGAGGCUUUCACGAGCCAGGUGGGGGAGUUGCUCUUUUGAAUUGUUCCUUUCUGGGGUUUGGGUAACGUGCAUCAUGAGAUACCAGUCAAUCUUUCAUUCUUACUAUGCC